AUGGUUGUGGCCAACCAACCGGACAUCGUGAUCAUGAAUAAGCAGCAGAGGACAACGAUUGUGAUCAAUAUAGCCAUCCCCAAUGAUGGUAAUUUUAGGAAAAAGGAACACAAAAGGGCUCAAGGAAGAGCUGGAGAGAACCUGGAUGAGCAGCUGAUGCAGGAGGUGGAGUCAAUGCUGGCGCUGGGAGUCAUUGAGGCAUCAACAUCAGAGUGGUGCAGCCCAGUCAUCAUUGUUUUUAAGAAGGACGGGUCCUUGCGUGCCGCUGGAAGCCUCCAGCCAGCCUUUCGAACAUCUGCCGGCCUGUAUCAAUUUACAGUAAUGCCGUUUGGCCUGCAUGGUUCCCCAGCAACCUUCCAACACCUCAUGGACAGGGUUCUUCAGGGCUGUGAAGCAUUUAGUGCAGCUUACCUAGAUGAUGAGGUGAUUUUCAGUGGCACAUUGGAAGAACAUCCCAAACACUUGAAAGUGAUAUUGGGGAAGAUCAAGGAGGUCCAAGGGCUGGAGAAGAGAGUGGGCUUCUCAGAUCUGGCCCCGGUGGGCUCAGCAAUGAAGACUCUCCCUUACGGCGUUCAACCUGGAGGAGCUGUUAAGCCGCCGUAUCAAACCCGAGUCUUCUCAACCUCCUUCGAUCAGACGCCCAUGAAAGCCAAGCCGCCAACAUACAGUUUCUUCAACCCGUAUGAUGCGGCCAGGAACCAGUCGCUGCUGCUGGACCAGACAGGCUACCGCUCCAAGCGUAAACCUUCGCUGAAGACGGCAAUGAAAACUAAGAAGAUCUUUGGCUGGGGCGAUUUCUACUUUAACGUCAAGACGCUCAAGUUCAGCUUGUUGGUGACGGGGAAGAUCGUGGACCACAUCAAUGGGACGUUCACCGUUUACUUUCGCCACAAUUCCUCCAGUCUCGGGAACGUGUCGGUUAGCAUCGUACCGCCGACCAAAGUGGUGGAGUUUGAGGUCCUCCAGCAGCAGCAGUUCCUGCACCCUCACUCCCAGCAGGAAGUACAGAUCCAGGAAUCCCAUCAAUCCACCAUCGACCCCAAAGAAAUUAAGACAUUCAACUGCCGAGUGGAGUACGAGAAAACCAACAGAUCCAAGAAGCCCAAGCCCUGCCUGUACGACCCGUCUCAGACGUGCUUCACUGAGCAUACCCAGUCCCACGCUGCCUGGCUGUGCGCUAAGCCCUUCAAAGUCAUCUGCAUCUUCAUCUCCUUCUUCAGCAUCGACUACAAGCUGGUUCAGAAGGUGUGUCCGGACUACAACUUUCAAAGUGAGCACCCUUACUUCGGAUAA